AUGUUCCUUGGGAAAGUCAGGAAUCCCCUUUUCCAUUGCCUUAAUAAAAAUACCUCUUUACUUUCUUACUUUUCCUCUCUUCCUAUUUUGAACUGUUUCUUUUCUUUUUUCUUCUUAUUGUGUUGCUUUUCCUCUCUUUCCAAAAGUUUCUCUUUUCUCCUCUUGUCUCUCACCCUCUUCUUCUUUUGUCUUCUCUUCUUUCAUCUUUCUUUAUGUUCUUUUCUUCUUGCCCUGUCCUUUCUAUUCUCUCUCUCUCUGCUUCUAGUCUGUUGUAUAUUUUCCCUUUCCAAAUAUUCUUUAAUCCUUCUCUCUCAUUCUUCUUAUCCCCUCUCUAUUUCUGUCAUCAUCUCUCUCUUCCCGACUUCCCUCAUUGACUUUAUUUUUCAUCUCUGUUUCUCAACUCAAUUUAACUUUAUCUUUUUCUUCUAUCUCUCCAUUUCUAUACUCAUUUUCUCUCUCUCUCUCUUUUAUAUUCCUCUUCUUCUUCUGUCCAGCACACAUUUCUUCUCACUUGACCUUCUCUUGAUAUGA